GUUUACGGCUGAUGGUUGUUGCUAACCAGCAGCUUCUUGUUCGGGUGGUUGGCUCUUUCCAGCUCGUAAACGCAUUUAGGACGAUGAUGAAGAAACGUGGGAUGGUUGUAGUGCCUCACAAUGCUUUCACAUUUCUAAGCUGAGUCGCUGAAAGUCCUGCUGGAGUGAAAAUAUCAGCCUGGAGCUUCAUCUUCUCAUUGUUGUUUAAUUAAGAGUCGAAGGCUGAAAGAUUAGCAGUUCAAUCCUCUGAUUGACGACUGACUGUUUAGAUCAGGGGACAGUGAUGCCGUAGCCGAACGCAGCGUCCCCCGCCCAGGAGGGGAGAGCUUCCCUUUAAAAAUGGCCACUGAACUUCAUGAGACCAUAUUCAUGGCCAAGCAGGAGCGCCACAAAAACCUGUUCCUGAACUACAAGAAUUUGAACAUUUUCCCCGUAGAGCUGCUAAAAGAUGAAGGACUGCAUUUUCUGGAGAGAUUGUACAUGAAGAGAAACUCGCUCACCACACUGCCUGAUAAUCUCGCUCAGAAGCUCCCAAAUCUCAUUGAACUGUACCUCCAUUCUAACAACAUCGUCAUUAUUCCUGAAGCCAUUGGAAACCUGGCGCGGCUGCAGUCGUUGGACCUGAGCAACAAUGCGCUCCAGAUGCUCUGUCCAGAAAUCGGCCGGCUGAGGUCGCUGCGACACCUCAGACUGUCCAAUAAUCAACUGAAAUGCCUUCCUCCAGAAAUCGGUGACCUGGUGGACCUGGAGACUUUGGACUUGGCGGUGAACCAACUGGUUUCCUUGCCGGACCGCCUGCAUCGCUGCCUCUCCCUGCAGAACCUCACAGUGGACCACAACCUUCUGAGCCACGUCCCCCGGCAGCUCUGCUGGCUGCACCGCCUUAACCAGCUCUCCAUGGCGGCCAACCGCCUGACCUUCCUCCCACUCGAUCUGGGCCGAUCCAGAGAGCUGCAGUUUGUGUUUGUGGAUAACAACGUGGACCUGAAGGGCCUCCCCUCCUACUUAUACAACAAGGUCAUCGGCUGCAGCGGGUGCGGCGUGGAGGGGGGCACGGGGGAGGUGCUGAGCGAGGCGUUGGUUGGGCUGCCGGCUGAAGUGAAGGUGAUUGGCUCACAGGCCGAUAAUGUGGUUCCUCUGGAGGAGCUUGCUAUGAGGACCAUGCACCGCGUCUACCAUCAGCGCCCAGCAGGCCUUCAUUUGCUGCCUCCCUUCGUCCUCCCAAAGAGCCUGCUUGACCUGCUGCAGUUCCCUCUGGGCCACUGCCACCGCUGCAGCCAAGCCAUGUUCACCAUCAUCUAUCCCAAAGUGUUCCCCCUCCGCGACACAGUGCUAGCAGGAGUCCACCGCCGAACGACGGUGAGUUUUGUGGCCUACUGCUGCUCCAGUCGCUGCCUCCGGACCUUCGACCUGCAGGGCUGACAUCACUUCCUGUCUAUGUGAUAGUGACAGGAAUAGAGAGCGUUGCGGAGUAGGAUAUUUUAGCGCUUUUUCACUAACGUCUUCGAUCUGAGGUGACUGAACCAGCCUCUCAUCAUAGCGGCACUUAAACAUGGACUUUUGGGAAACGUGUUUCUCGCUGCAGACACCUUUAUUUCUUUGUAGAAUUUUUAUGAAGUGGAACCACAUGUGUGUUCUGAAGAAUUAGGAGAUUUUUAUUUAAAUGUAUUUCUGAUGUAUAAUUUGAAAGCCGUCAGUCACGUUCAAAAUUAGAGGGUUUUUUCUUGUAUAAAAGGCUAAACUGUUCCCUUUAAAUGACUGUUUCACUGCAUCGGCUGGCAGGAUGCUUUCAGAGUCCCAAGUUUGUUGCAUCACUUCUUUUGUUUAAAGCACAGAAACUGUUUUAUUCCAUUUAAAGCAUAACAAUAGCUAAUUUUAAUAGAUUGUCCACUAGCUGGGAACAUAACAAAAAAAUAUAAAAGAAAAGAAAACAGUCUUGUUAAAGUUUCUCAAUUUAACUGUGUUUUCUAGUGGAAACUGACUGGCCGGCUGCACCACGGUUUGGGUGUUGUAAAAGUUCCUGCUUCUUGUCUGUUUGCUCCACUAAAUGUUUUUCUGAUGUUUGACUUUGAAUAAAGCUGGAUGGCUCAUUUCAAUUACAGGA